AUGGGGAGGCAACCCUGCUGUGACAAGGCCGGGAUGAGAAGGGGGGCAUGGACAGCAGAGGAAGACCAGAAGCUCAUAAACUUCAUCAUCAACAAUGGCAUUCAUUGUUGGCGCCUCGUGCCCAAGCUUGCUGGUCUGAUGAGAUGCGGGAAGAGCUGCAGGCUAAGAUGGACUAACUACCUUCGUCCUGACCUCAAGCGAGAGGCCAUUUCCCAGGAAGAAGAGAGCCAAAUCAUCCAACUCCAUUCGCGUCUCGGGAACAGAUGGUCCAAGAUCGCAUCAUAUUUCCCUGGCCGAACCGAUAACGAGAUCAAGAACCAUUGGAACACCCGAAUCAAGAAGAGACUCAACCUCCUCGGCCUGAAUCCUGCGACUCACGAGCUCAUCAAUCCGCCAAAUGCCAGUCCGGAGAUGAUGAUCGAUAUGAAACAGAAGGAAAUCGGAGUCAGCUCGGAAGACAAAUCUGGCUUCGAGCAUAGGAUUUGGAUGACAUUCCAGAGCAUGAAUGCAGAGGAGAAUAGGCUGCAGGUCAACUCUUCAGGCAGCUGCAGCUCCUCCUUCUCAGUGCAAGACUCGCUCUGCCCUUCUUCGAGCAAGGAUAACUCUUUUCCUUCAUCGGAAGCAACCAUUUCUCUUGACGAUCUCUUCUUCUAUGGGAACUUGCUAUGA